UCACUGUCAGAUCACAUCUGUUGCGAGCUUUUCCCUGAACGAGGAAGGUGAUWGUYAUCAAAGAAAAGUCGCUGCAAAUUCCUUAUAAAAUCUUGCUUUGCUGGUCAAAGAGAGGAAAAGRCCGUUCUUUAUCUUGGUUUUGAACUAUUUACUACUUUUAAACGUGAAAAUAUGAAGAUUGUUCUGUUUGCSGACUUUAUUGCAACGAACCAUGGACUAAACCAAGCACAAUACGUACUGAAGCAACUUUGUGACCAAGGACAUCAUAUUUCACUUUUUGAAUGUUCUGAUGUCAGUAUUCCAAUUCUUAUCUAUGAAGAACCAAGCACAGCAAUUCAAGGAGUUUAUGAAGAUCCACUGCGACUGCUUGAAAGAAAAGUGUGUGAAGCAGAUGCAAUCUUGUUAGUGACAGACAGACCAACAUUUGAAACACCAGCCUCCYUAGCAACAGUAAAGAAACAUUUCAGUGGUGGUAACUAUGUGUGGCGGCCAUAUGGAAUAAACUGUAUAUUAAUAGGUGGAUCAGUACACAGUCGUAAAGUUGCCAUGGUCUUGCAUAGCCUGCUGGAAGGGUCAGAUUACAUGUCAGGGUGCUUGCCAAGACGGUGUUCCUGGACAAAUUUAUAUGCAAUUGAUUACAGUAUGGAAACYCCUGGACCUUGUGUCUUGUAGCCGCUUCUCAAAGACUUACUGGCUGUGUUUUAGCAGCUAGUAUUAAUGCACUCACAUUAUAAAGACUUCAUAGAUAUAUCACUCACCCAAGUUCUACCGUUGGUUCAUUUAUAAAUUAGCUAACAUAAGAAAAAUUCAAGAAAAAAAAAACUGAGUUCUUUUCUGGUGCUCUUGUGUUCGUUGUUUAUCCUGAAACUGAAGUGUGUCAGACUAAAACCAUUAAUAUAAAAAUAAGAAUAUUUGUAAAGUUAAUGUUUAUAGGGUUUGUAAAUAUAGGAAUAUUUUGUGUAUAUAAAGAAAGAGAAAACUUUUAUUGUAAAUAAAAACUAUCAAAUUAA